AUGCGUUCUGACAGAACAGCUAGCAGCCUUAAUUCUGGUGGGAAUGAAUACAAGUUGUCAGCAGCGAGUCCCGCAGUCCGGGGGCACGGGGGGCACUCACCGCGGCUCCGGCUCCGGCACCGGCUCCGGCCGAGCCCCGAGCCCCGAGCCCGAGCGCUGCCCGCUCCGGCCCCGCUGCCGGCGGAGCGCGGCGGGAGGAGCGGCGGCGGCAGGAGGAGGAGAAGAGGAGGAGGAAGAGGAGGAGGAGGAGGGCUCCGGGAAGGGCAGGCACGGAGGAAGCGGGGCCGGCAGGCGCAGCUGCUGAACAAAAGGAGGCCCCUCCGCCGCCGAGCAGCUGCGGCCGGAGCGGAGCGGAGCGUCCCGGGCCCGCCGCCCCCGCCCGGCCCCACGCACCGGCACCGGCCCCGGCCCCGCUCCGCCUCCUCCCGAACCGGGAGCACCGUGAUUGAUGGAACAGCGCUGCAACAGCGUGGUCAGCGAGAAAUGGCAUCGGCGAGCGGCGCGGCACGGCAGCGCCGAGCCCGAGCAUCCCCCCCGGGGCCCGGAGCAGCGGCAGCAACGAGCACAGGGGGAUGAAAGUUGUUCAAACAGUGCAGAGCACAGCAUCUGGCAGUCUGAGCACAGCAACAGAACUGGAGACUAUUCUUGAAUCUCAGACACUGUCUUGCAAAUCCAACACAAACCAACUUCCGAAUUCAGCAAUGUGGGAGAUGGCAGAGAAAUCAUCUCAAGUCCCAUCUGUUUGUAUACAGCAUUCUGGAGAUCCUUGAAUGAGCAGAACAGCCACAGCACUCAAUCACCGACAUCAGAGACAACUCAACUUUCACUAAUUGGCUUUCCUUGGAGAUAUGGAGAUCUGCCCCCAUUUCAGAGACUAAAAUAAAAGACAUGCACAGA